AUGACUCCAAACGACGUUGUCUCCGGCCGCGCCGACCUCAUCGACAAUGGUGUAGGAGAAGGUGAUCGGACCGAGGUCAAGGCUCAUGAUGAUGCUGCCUUGUUGCGGACCAUGGGCUAUAAGCCGGUUCUUCACAGAACAUACACUUUGUUUGAGAACUUUGCGACCACAUUUGCUGCUCUCUACUUCGUUGGUGGUGUUCGCGUCACUUUUAGUACCGGAAUCGCUGCCGGCGGUAACCUGGCCUAUUGGACCAGUUACCUAGUUACUAUGGUUUUUACUUUCAUCACUGCUGCUGUCAUCGCUGAGGUCUGUUCCGCAUCUCCGUCUGCAGGUUCCAUCUACUUGUGGGCUGCUGAAGCUGGCGGACCCCGAUUUGGACGACUUCUGGGUUUCGUCGUUGCUUGGUGGAGUACCACCGCUUGGACGACUUUCUGUGCAAGCAACACGCAGGCUGCAGCUAACUACAUGCUUUCGGAAAUCACUGUCUUCAACCUUGACUUCCCGUCAGACACUGACAGUGUCAAGUUCCGCGCGGUCCAAUGGAUUUGCACCGAGAUCUUGCUCGCUCUGGCCGCCUUGUUGAACUUUAUGCCUCCCCGCUACUUCAGGUAUGUCUUCUGGUUCUCCGCCGCGGUCGUCAUGCUUGACUUCUUCCUCAACCUGAUCUGGCUGCCCAUCGGUACCGCCCAGACUUGGGGCUUCCGUACUACCCAUGAGGCUUUCAUGACCACUUACAACGGUACCGGAGCCCCAGCGGGCUGGAACUGGUGUCUUUCCUACCUUGCCACCGCUGGUAUCCUGAUCGGAUUCGAUGCAUCGGGACACGUUGCGGAAGAAACCAAGAAUGCUUCGGUCACUGCUGCUCGUGGUAUCUUCUGGAGUACCGUUGCCAGUGGAUUCGGUGGCUUGGCCACCAUUAUCCUGUUCUUGUUCUGCGCUCCUGAUACUGAAACCCUCAUGGGCUUCGGCUCGGUUCAGCCCUUCGUUCCUCUUUAUGCUGUUGUUCUGGGCAAGGGUGGCCACAUUUUCAUGAACUUUAUCUGCAUCUUCGCUUUGUGGCUGAACACUGCGAUCGCAAUUAUCGCCGCUUCCCGUCUUGUGUUCGCCGUCGCCCGUGACGGUGUGCUUCCCUUCUCGGGCUGGGUCUCUCGUGUCAACAAUGGCCAACCCCGUAACGCAGUCAUUGUCGUCUGGGGUGUCGCCGCCUUGGUAACCUGCACCAUCCUUCCGUCCAACGUGGCUUUCACUUCCCUUGUCUCGGCAGCUGGUGUUCCCAGCGCUGCCGCUUACGGAAUAAUCUGUCUCGGUCGACUGUUGUGUACACCCAAGCGGUUCCCCAAGCCCAAGUGGAGUCUGGGACGUUGGAGCAAGCCCUUCCAAUUUAUCGGUGUGUUCUGGAAUGGCUGGGUUGUCGCUAUCCUGUUCUCGCCCUACCAGUGGCCGGUCACUGGCCAGAACUUGAACUACGCCCCUAUCAUUAUGGUUGGUGUCACCAUCUUGGCCUUGAUCUCUUACUUCAUGAUGCCGGAGAGUGCCUGGCUUCCUCGAGAACGUAUCUCUCACUUCAUUGAUAGCAAGGGUGCUGUUGAGGAAACUGUAGACGAAGUCAACUCUACCGACGGUGGCGAACCGAGCACCCGGUGA